CUGAACACUCCCUGCGUUAAUCACUCUCCUUUCGCCAAGCCGGAGAGCCGGUAACUUGUUUCAUUUCUGCUUAUCCGGUUUUUCUCUUGAUAUAAUCGUCUUCAUAACAUUCCCCAUUUAGCAUUCAACAUAAUAGCCUCAUAAAUUUUGAACAUAUGGUCUUUUUUCGUAUAAACUGAUGGUGAUGGUGCCUGUUUUUUCUUUGUUUUACCGAAGUUUUCAGACGCUUAUUAAGACAAAUCUGACACUUUUGUUACCUUUGACACACUCGAAUCAUAAUAUUUUUUUCACUUACCCAUAUUUAGAAAAGGUGAAAGCAGAGGAUUUUUUCGUUUACGUGAAUCCUAUAUGACUUUGUCUGGAGUCUAUCCUACUUUUUAUUUUUUUUUAAUCCGCCCAUCAUGAAAACACAUCCGAAACUUCCUUUUUAGUAAUGCUAUUUAACCUGAUAACUCAGUAAACAGAUUUAUUCUGCUUAAAGAUAUAUGCCAUUUGCUCCAUCUCUCUAGUCUUCUGAAGUUCAACAUAAUGUCAAGCAAGAGUGCGUUCAUAUCUAUUUAACGGAAAUCACCAGUAUCUCCGGCAGCGACCGGACGGCCGAAGUGGAAAUAUAACGGAGAAGCCUAACACUGGAAAGGAGUAGAAAGCAAGAAACGAAGGAGCGCGCUUUUUACUAUAAUUUCCAGGCAACAUGGAGUUUAACAAAGAGGAGAUGAAGAAGUUUGCUGGGAAAGCCUUAGGAAAAAUACACAGGGUGUUAGAGAAGAAGCAGGCCAAUGGCGAGACCAUUGAGCUCACUGAGGAAGGCCGGCCAGUUGAGAUGAAAGAACACUCUCGUCCUAUGGUGGACUGCACAUGUUUUGGUUUACCCCGCCGUUACAUCAUUGCCAUCCUCAGUGGCAUUGGCUUUUGCAUUUCAUUUGGCAUCCGCUGCAACCUGGGUGUAGCCAUUGUGAGCAUGGUGAACAACAACACAGUCUAUGAAGGAGGCAAAGUCAUCAUUCAGAAAGCCCAGUUUUCUUGGGACCCGGAAACAGUAGGGAUGAUCCAUGGCUCCUUUUUUUGGGGGUAUAUUGUAACUCAAAUCCCUGGAGGCUUCAUAGCUCAGAAGUUUGCAGCCAACAGAGUGUUUGGGUUUGCCAUUGUUGCUACAUCUACACUGAACAUGCUGAUUCCAACAGCAGCAAGGGUGCACUAUGGCUGUGUGAUCUGCGUGAGGAUACUGCAAGGACUGGUGGAGGGAGUGACUUACCCAGCUUGCCAUGGUAUAUGGAGUAAAUGGGCACCACCACUUGAAAGGAGUAGACUGGCCACAACAGCAUUCUGUGGCUCCUACGCAGGUGCUGUAGUGGCUAUGCCACUGGCUGGUGUCUUAGUGCAGUACUCUGGCUGGUCCUCGGUCUUCUAUGUGUAUGGUAGUUUUGGAGUGACUUGGUACUUGUUUUGGAUUAUGGUCUCAUAUGAGAGCCCUGCUGUACAUCCUACUAUUACUGAAGAAGAAAGACGCUAUAUUGAAGAAAGUAUCGGUGAGAGUGCCAAGUUAAUGAACCCCCUGCAGAAAUUCAAAACACCAUGGCGCAAGUUCUUUACAUCAAUGCCAGUCUAUGCAAUCAUCGUUGCCAAUUUUUGCAGAAGCUGGACUUUCUACCUCCUGCUUAUUAGCCAGCCCGCCUACUUUGAGGAAGUCUUUGGAUUUGAAAUCAGCAAGGUUGGCUUGCUUUCUGCAUUGCCUCAUCUUGUCAUGACAAUUAUUGUUCCAAUUGGGGGGCAGCUUGCAGACUUUCUUCGGAGCCGACAACUUAUGUCCACCACAAAUGUCCGUAAGAUGAUGAAUUGUGGGGGUUUUGGAAUGGAAGCCACUCUUUUGCUUGUAGUUGGAUUUUCUCACACCAAGGGUGUUGCCAUCUCAUUCUUAGUCCUUGCUGUUGGUUUCAGUGGAUUUGCAAUAUCAGGUUUCAAUGUGAAUCACCUGGACAUUGCUCCUCGUUAUGCCAGCAUCCUGAUGGGCAUUUCUAAUGGUGUGGGUACACUCUCUGGCAUGGUAUGUCCACUUAUAGUGGGUGCAAUGACUAAACACAAGACACGUGAAGAGUGGCAAUACGUCUUCCUCAUAGCAUCUCUGGUCCAUUAUGGUGGGGUGAUUUUCUAUGGGCUCUUUGCCUCUGGAGAAAAGCAACCUUGGGCUGAACCAGAGGAAAUGAGUGAUGAGAAGUGUGGCUUCAUCCAUGAAGAUGAACUGGCUGAGGAGACAGAAGAAUAUCAUAGCACCACUCUUGCUUCUGGGGGUGGAUAUGGGGCCACCAGCACUCAUGCACCCCUCUCCAAUAAUGGAGGUUGGGCCACAGACUGGGACAAAAAAGAAGAAUUUAUCCAGGAUCCUGGGAGAGAUCCAUACAUGUAUGGCAGUCCUGAGGACAGAGAUUUAUCCUGAGCACAGAGCAAUAAUGUAGUCUGCUAGCUACCAACAAGUAGAGCCAUUCAAGAACUGUUACUUCUAUCUGCUGAUUGUUUUCUUUUAUUAAAUAAAACCAUACCUGCUGGACUUUGCCCAACUGUUAAGGGUGGAGCACACUGUUACUAGGUUGUGUUUGCCCAACUUUUGAGUUGAAUGCUCAGCACUGCAGGGUAGCAACACCAGCAAAAAACAGUUCCAGUGAAUCUGGAAUUAACCAAAUUGUCUCACAUCCCUGCAGAUUGUCACACAGUAACAUAUAAUUCUGCAAGGUCUGUGGUUACAUGUGCUUCACACUCCUCUAAUUUAUUGAGCUGUCAUGGUUUUAUUUUAAAAGCAAAUGCACUGAUAUGAUAGGCUGUGCUGAAGAAGUAACAGUUGCUAACUAUUCUUUUGUCACCUUGAUGAUGUUCUGCAUUGUUCUGGAAGCAAGACAGACAGAAAUGGCUUUUAGAUGGAGUUUACUUGGCUUGAUGUUGCAUUCAUCUGUAUUGGUGAAACUGUCAUUUGAUCUAGGCUCCUCUUUCUUUGCCCCUCAAACUUUUUUUAGUUAUAUGUGUAUUGCAAUCACAUUCUGGUUCAUAUGGAUCAUUAAUAUUCUGACAACACCACCCUAAACCAUUGGAUAAUGAGGCAGAGGGGACUGUCCUUUUCCAUAUUAAUGUAGAUUGGUCCUUACUAAAUUUGGUCAUCUCUCAGGUCUAGGUACAUCAGCAGUUACAGGUGAGGAUGAGGUUUCCAGUUUAUUAUACACUCAGCUAAUAAAAUACUUUGACACAUCUUCCUGUUUCUCCAUCUCCAUGUCAAUCUGUUGGGCUGUUUUGGGGCUAAUGGUCUAAAUCAAUGCAAAAUGAGACAGGCUGCUUAGUUUGUUGUAAUGUUUCACAUAUCUCAAUGUGAAUUUAAGAUGGAAGGGUUGACCCCUGUCAUAUAUCUCCAUGUUAGGGUUCUUCCUUCUCAUGGACCAGGAGUCCAUAUCAGGUCAGAUGGCCAUAGUAGACCAUAUUGGUCUGGAUUGGGAUGCUUCAUUAGUCUCAUGUUUAUCCAUGUCAAUUUAGGUGUGAUUGUUGUCUUAGGCAGUUGCAGGUGCUAGGGACUACAUUUGUAAAUGAAUUAUAUUUAACUUUCUUGUGCAAAAAUAUAUAACCUUGUUUAUUAUUAGUGUGCAGCAUAAAAACAUUUUAAGUAAGUACCAGCAUUCAAAUCCAUCUAUAGGUAAAUAAACAUUUCAUAUUCCCAAAAAACAUUUUGAUUUAUAAUUGUAGGGUUAUCCAGAAAGAGUCCUUUUAUUUUUAUUAAUCUUCUAGUGAAUUGGAUUAUUACUGUUGCUAAGAAAUAUCACAAUUAACUUAUAUCAAUGAGCAGCAAAUAAGUAAUGACCAUGGAAGAACGUGUUUAGCUUGAAAUAUAAUGAAUGCAGCUUCUAUGAGAGAGAAAACAUUUUUCCAUAAAUUUAAAUUUUUUUGUAAAUAAUUUGUGAACAGGAGGGAAUGAAAGAUAAGCCAAUAUUACCUUAUUACUUUCCAAGGGAGACUAUUCCAAAUCUUUGUGCUGCCUUAAAACAUAAAAAUAAAAAAACAAAACAUUGGGUUCCAUGCCAUAAUAGUACAUGCACAAGCCCUGCCCACCCUGGGUUUCUGUUUUGUUCCAAUGAAUUUUUGUAGAUUAGCCUGGGACUUCCCAGCCCUCCAUAAUGCAAACACUCCCAGGCAUCAUAAAUGUAUUACUCCAUGUGAACAAGUCUGAAAUGCAAGCAGAACAGGUCAUGUUUUGGGAAACCUUCCAAGCCACCAUGUGUUUUCUUUAACAACUUAGUAAAUGUGUAUUGCAAGUGAGCACCACUUGGGAAAUUCUGCUAUUUUUCCUUAGUACUCUUCUUUCUCUCUCACUUUCUCUCUGUCUCUCUAAUUUGAGGUGUCUGUCCUUCCAGCCUGAAUCAUUAGACUGCUAGUAAAUGUUCAUUUAUGGGAGGACAUCUGCUUAAUCAAGGGCAGGAUUCAGGCAUGUCAAACUUCAAUCAAGAAGUUCUAUCUCAAAUUUAGUUACCAUAAGAGUGGAACAGUGAUCACACUCAGGAUACUUACUAAUGACGAAUUACAUUCAAUUAUCAUAUGCAUUGACAAACACAACAUUAACAAAAUGUUUGUAAGGGAAACUGUCUGCACAUAUACAGGAUACAUUUAAAGUACCUCCCUGUACUACAUUUGGAUGUAUGGAUUAACCUCAAUAAUCACUAAUGUACCUAUUCAGUUAAUGUAAGGGUUGUGAUGUCAGCUUUAUUAUUUAGCAUAUACCUUUGCUCAAUGUAUUUACAAAAUCAGGACUCUAGCAAUAUAUUAGUGCACUUGGCAGAACAGAACAAAGUGAAAAAUAAUUAAAAUAUGUAUUACUAAAUUAUUUACUACCUGUGUGUUUUCUUUCAGAAAUAUCUGGAAGUAUUAAUUUAUAAUAUGUAUCGGAGGCAAACACUGAGAAUGAGAUACCACUGUUGCCAUUUUGAAUAAUACAGGAGCAACGGAAUUUCUAGCAAAGCAUUCCAGUCUUUCAUUUACAAAGGAAACUGCCAGAGCAUGAUCUUCCUGUUGUAAUCAAUAUGUUUUGAGCAUUGACUUUAUUUGUCUUGUUUUUUUUAUUCAUUCUGAAACUUAACCACUGUUUAUUUAUUUCAAGAAUAUGUAUCAUAACAAAUGAAACACAUUAUGUGGUUAUAGUAAUUAGAGUCUGACACGCCCUGACAGACAUUGCUAAAGAGCACACAUUUUUUCUCUAUUAUUUCUCUAAAUUAACCAUCAAAUACAGCAAUGUAUUUACAGAACUCUGAAACAAAACUUGACCGAAUCAUCAGAUGCCAAACUAAGAAUACAUCUUAAAUCCCUUCCAAGUUACCAUUUACUAAACUUUAUUUAAGAGCAUGAGAAUGAAGGACUCAUAAAACAGGCAGAAAUACAGAGCUCCAGGUCUGCUACAAUAUAUAGAUAUGCUAUUUUUUACCUUUAAUAAAAUCAGUUAUGUAAUAGGACAACAAAAGAAAAGUUUCAGGAAAAACAAAACUAAAAGAUGUAAAGAAGUCAUACAUUUGAUCCCAUAUAUCACAAAAACUAAAAUACCCACCCUCACCCACAACAGAAAGCUAAAUGGUAAUUAAAAUGGGGGAUCACUGUGUUAUACCAACCUCCUUUUAAUUAAAAUCAUAGGAGUUUAAUAGAAACACUAAUGGGAGGUCAGCAAAACUAUUUUAGAAUAACAUUAAUGAAGAUUCUAAAGAAGCUGUGCACUGUUUACACACAAGGAAAAUCUGAUUUUUUUUUUGAGUUUCAGAUAAUAUAAAAUAUAAUUUUCCAUUGAGUUAUGGAGGGUGCAUUCGGAUUCUUCAAACUGAGCAGAAUUAGUUGACUCAUAAAGAAUACAGUGAAGGAAAUAAUAGUCAGUUUAUUACCAGAUAGCCAAAGCUAAUUUGAAAUCACUUACAAAAACUGCUGUAAGAGGAUUUGUGAUGAUCAUAUGUCCUAUCUUAUAUAUGAGAAAAAAUCUUCUCCCAAAAGGGCUUUCAUUUUGGACAGUUCAAGCCCAAUCAAUAUACUAAUUUGUAGCUGAUAUGUCCCAGGGCUAAAAUGAACCUGAAAAGGUCAAAAUCUAAAGCAUGAGUCUUGUGCAGGAGAAUAUUGAUGAAAAUGAAGAUGAACAAUGAGAACUGGCAAAGGGAGAAUAGCGACAGGUGCCCAUAACUUUUACGUUAUCUCUAAUACCUUUUUAAUUAAGAAGAAGUUAUGUUAUAGAAGGAGAAGUUUCAAAACAUUCAGCUAUUAAGAUUGGAAAUAGAAUUAUUCCUAGAUUGGCAUGGAGAUGGUUUACCAGCUCUUUUGUAUAGCUAACCCUCACUCUUUUCAUUCAGUUUUUUUGCAGCAUAGCUUGAAUACAGCCCAGUGAGGUGCCUUUUCAGAAAGAAUUAAUAGUACAGUUUUUACUUUCUACCAUCAUUAUUGCCAAUCCAUAUACCAUAGACAUGCUCAAGCAAAGCCAUUAAUUUUACCUGCUCUAAAUCAGUCCAGCAUUAGUGAGUGAGAGUAUGAGCAACAGUGUACCCUAUGAUGGAAUAGUAUCCAAUACGGGGAUGAUUCCUGUCUUGCAAGUAAAUAUUCAGUCUAACUAUGACCUCAUAUCGAGCUAAGUGUGUGAAAUAUGAAUGGAUGGCACAACAUCUGUUUGGAAAAAAUGAUGUGCAUUAUUGUAUUUAUAAAAUAUUUAAUUUGAAGAAUCAGUGUAAGGAUGACUAUAAUCUAAUGUUACAUUUAUAUUGAACUGGAGGUGCAGAGAGAUAAAUAUACAAGUAUGAUAUUUGUAGACUAGAAUCACAUUUUGUCUCCUUUUUACUCUAGUACUAUGCCUAAUCUUUCAAAAGAGACCCUUUUUGUCUUCACACAAGUGCAUAUAAAAUUGAAAAGUGAGGACCUGACAGACAUUGACUUUGAAAAAGUACAACGUAAAAGACUAAUGCAAAUGAAAUCAGACAAAUAGGUAUGAUUAUUAAAUACUUAGAUGCAGUAUAUUCACAAUGAGAUUUUUUGAGUUUCAAAAAGAAUUACACCACAUAAUCAACCUUUAAAACUGAUAAAUACACAAAUUAAACCUAAUAAAUUGUAUAAUUAUAUAAUAAGUGUAGCUGAAUCUUUGUAUGAAUGUAAUCUAUUGAACCAGUUUAUUAGCAGAUUUGUGUCCAAUAUGAAGUGUUCAGCCCUGAAGUGUUUUCAGCUGCUUUGUACGGAGCUUAGUGGUGAUUAUAAUGAAAGUUACUACAUGUUGUAAAGAAUUUAAGUGGUCACUUGUUUGUGACCCAUUACACUAAAGGUCGCUUCAUACAAAUAAAUAUUAGUCAGUUAUUUAAAUACUUUGUGAACAUGAUCACCAUUAUAGUUGCUAUAUAAAAUAAUUGAAGGAUUGUUUGAUUAAAAAUAAAAGAAACUAAUAAUCUAGACCAUCACUCAUCCAUUAUUUGAACCUACUUUAUCCAGUACAGUGUGGCUGGGCAUCAGAGCCCAUCUUUUACAACAGACAAUCAGGAUGAUAUAAAUAUGAUGUUAAAGUAAAUGUUCAUACUUUUGACUUCUUCACAUUCAUUAAUCAAUGACAGUUGUGACAGCUGUAGUAAAUCUACAGCUCGACCAGCUAGGUUCUCUAUCUAUCCUCCUGACCCUCCUGAAAACUUCAGAAAUGUUCCAAGGACUAUCAAAAUAUAUAAUCCAUUCAAGCCUGAUAUGUCCCUGACUUUUCUGCCACUGACAGGCAUUGAUGGCACGCAUCCAAAACAUCAAAAUCAGCUCUACUUUACCUGGAGGAGAGAAGUUCCUAUUCCAGUGUCCUCCCAUAAUGCUGAGCUCUUCACGUAUCACAGCUAACUUGAUUAGAAACUUCUUUAUGGCCAUUUUUAGUCAUGAUUUAGUUCUACUUUUGUCAUUAAUUAGAACCCAUAACUCUAGGUGAGGAUGGGAAUGUUGACUGACUGGCAAAGCUAUGUAUAACAAUGUAUGUGUACAAAAUUCUCACUGUUGCACCAAUUUUUUAUCAAAUUUACAAUUACUUUUAAUCUGUAAAAAAGACCCCAGUGUACAAGUAUUGAUCUACCUGGGAAAGCUGUUCAUCUCUUAUAUUCAAUAAACAAAAUACUAUUUUCAAGGAGAAAACCAUGACCUCAGAUAUGAAGGUGAUUAUUGUUAAUCCAACAUGAUGGGAUGCAGCUGCAAUCCAGUCGAAAAGGACAGUCCUUUGGUUCUCAAACUGAGUGCUCUCCAAGUGACAGCUGCACUUUGAAAUCUUGUCCAGAAGAAAACACAAGCGACAUCCUUGGCAGAGGCCCGCAUUCCUAUUAAAUUAAUUUGACUUAAUGGUAAGUGUGUGAACACAACUCUGAAAAUACCACAGCCAAAAGACACACAGCAAUGGCACCAGAAUCUUACAGUUUGAGAUUUAAGAACCAGCAUGGUAGGAGGUCAUAAGUUUUUCCCAGGCCCACAAAGCACGUGUAAACUGGAUUGGCAAACUAAAAUUUCCUUUUAGAUAUUUGUACAAAAAUAAAUACUUGGGCUACUGUUAAACUGCUGAGAUAAAAUUCACAUUGCUCUUGGUGGAUAUGAGGUUUAGCUGGCCAUGCAGUAGCUUCCCAGUGUUGCUGUGCAAGGUCAUCCCUCGGCCGUUGGGUCACACUUUUUUCCCAUUUUUAAAAACUGUGGAAAUGCAACAUUGAAAAGACCACAAUACACUCCACGAUAUCAAAUGCUUUCCUGCCAGAUUUCAUCCAUACCUGUGUCAUUUCCAUUAUCUAGAUUUUUAAUCAUCAUACCAAUUCCAGCACUAAGAACAGCUACAGCCUCAAUCAAUGCAUUUACAUCAGAUUUAAAAGUCUCUCUAUGUGCUGCUCUCAUCUUUCAACAAUGCCCCUAAUCUGAGGUUAUUGUAGCUGAGACUGGUACGAGCAAUGAUGUGCCUAUGCUUCCAAAUUUGAGACCACUCUUGAUUGGAAAGUGUGACACCAGAACCAAUGUUGUGCACACAGGUCAGUUUGAAUAUAUCUGACUGGUAUUUUUUCAAAUUCCUGCCUGAAUUCAAACUGUUUUCUCCAUCAUACCAACGUCGCAAUCCCAUGACGAAUGACGGUGUACCUAUCCAGAGUUACUUAAGAUUUUAGCAAUUUUAUUUUCUAUUUAUAUAGGUAUACAACGUAUUUGACAUGAACAAAAUCAAGGAGGCAUGUUGACAAGAUUGUGUGCUUGAAAAAUCUAAGCCUGUAGAGUGCUUUAAAAUUAAAUUUAAAAAAAGGAACAUGUUAUAAUUAUAAAAGUGUUUUAUUAGCUACCUUUAGCUAAAUGAGAUGUAUCCACUGCAGUCUGGAACAGAGAGAGAGACACACAAAUGAGAAAUCCCUGAGUUACAGCCUUCUUAAAGCCUAAAGUAACCAAUGAGGCACAGUGUUUUAUUUCUAAUGAUGGUUUUAUUUAGUAAGUUAUUUAUGUUCUUUGUAGGGAACUGGCAGAGCCAUCAUGGUUUUUGUGUCUAAACAGGGUAAUAUGCCAUUGGUCCUGAAGCAAAUCCCAAUUCUCUCUUUUGGUGAGUUUAGAUGUAAAUUACACUUCCCUAAAAGGGAUUUACCCAUUAAGUCUCCCAUAUUUAAGCAUUUAAAUGUGCUUCUGGAAAUAUAAGCCCACUUUGCUAUGUACAUGCUGCAUAUUCACUGUUCAGAGAGGUGUUAUUCCAGUAAAUUUUAAUCUGUCCAUAAAUAAUUCUACUUCAUAACAUGUGGAGUUUUAGAGGAGCUGAAGCACUGUAUACAACAGCACCAGCACAUCCACAACAAACCCUCACCCAAAAAGGAUGCCUGCCUAGCAGAGCUAUAGGAACCUUACCAUAGCCACUUACACAUGCAAUUGCUUGGAAUAGUCUGUCCAUUAAAAUACCAGUGGAACAAGUACUGAGUAAUCUAACACUUCUCUCAUACCCCAUUUACACUGCCAUCUCAAACAUGGUCUACUAUGAGGUAGGUACAACAGACUGUUCCUUUCUUGUCACAGCACUUGCACAGUAAAGAUUUAAGUUCUGCCAUGGCCCAUCUUAUUCAUUGUAGUAGGUGGAUCAGAAUAAGCUGAAACUGGCUGAAAAAAAUAACAUUUGAUGUAUGACUAACAUCAAAUUUUACUAUGCCACCACAAAAGCUUAUACUUGCUACUGAAAAACUAUAGCUCAUUUUUCAUUCACAAACAUAAUUAGCUAAAGUGUCAGAAGUCAAUGCAAUGCUCUGCCAUUUUGGAUCUAAAGCAUGAAAAUACUUAUACACCUUUACAAACCUUUUGGGACAUGUGCCAGUGUUGUAUGUAUGAUCAAGUGCGAGCCCAACCACAGCAACGUAUCUCAAAUAUAUAUAAGUUUUAAUAGAAGAAAAAUUGUCAAUUCAUCUUCUUCCCUUUUCCAAUUAAUGCCACUUUAGGCCUACAAGGAGUCAAAUCAUGCCCUGGAUCAAACACAGCAUAUGAACCAAUCCAAAUAUAAUUCUUCAUAUAUCUAAACACAUUUUUUAUUUUACCAAUACUACUCACACAUGUUUUAUGUAGUACCAUUAACAGCAUUUACCACUUUACAUGUAUGAGUAAACUGGAUUACAAGAGUAACUGGGACUAUUUUGUCUUUACUGCCUUAAGUAAAGAGAACUGUGCAAAGGUAUAAUGUACCAAAUACAGACAGUUUAAAAGAGCACAUUUAUUAAAAUAAACAGCAACCCACAUUAAACAGUCCCUCAUUCCUGCCUGCCUUGGAUACAAUACACAUUGUUACUUGAUAAUUCCAAAACGAUGUGGAAGAGUGCAAAAGUUUGUACAAAGUUGCAAUUUGCACAUUGAUAAUAUUAUAAAAAAUAGUAGUCACAAGAUUUAUAUUUUAUAUUUUUGAAGUGAAAGGACAGUUUUGUGUAGUCAGUGAAACUUUUUUCCUCAGAAUAAUUUUCACAAAAUGCAGAAAAUGGAAGAAACUAUGUUGUAUGGUAUGUCAUGAUAACAAGACAGACCAAUCAUUGUUCAUCAACAACUGCAUCAAAGUGCAAUACAAGCAGAAUAUGUUCAAAAUAGUCAAUUUAUUAAAAUAUCCAUGGGUUAAAACAAAAGGAAAUUAUUUAAAAAUUGAAUAAUUUAUUCAAAAUAUAGUCUAGUAAGCACUGUAUGUAUAAUGUGUUUGAUUUUUUUUUUCAAUAAAAGUAACUUAAUGUGAUUUGCUCUGUUUGCAUAUUGUAAGUGCACACAUCUUGAUGAAUAGAUCCCAUUGUUGGAAAACUAUUUUAGCAGAAGAUUUUAUUUGGCUUCAGGUGCCGGUGUAAACAUGCCAAGCACUUUUCUCUUGCAUUGUACAAGGAUUAUAUCACCUGAGCUAUUAUCCAUUUCUUUAUCAUCUCUCAUAGGUUAGCAUGUAGCAGGCUGUGUUCUGUUACUAUGGAAGUCAUCUCUCUGGUAUUCUGUGUUACAUACCAUUUUUUAAAUUUAAUAUAUCAUGUUUCCUUCUCCUUUUGUUAAACCUGUGUAAUUAUUUUAUUCAUGAAUAAAUCAAUAUGUAACAAAACAUAUGUAAAUGUACAUACAUAAAAGGAUGUAUGUACACUGUUUAUAUGUACACAUACAUGGUACAUCUGUGUUUACACAUAUGUGGAAUAAAAAAACUGGGCCUGCAGUAUUGGUGGGAAUACAAAAGGAAUAAGAUAAUAAAGAAUUUUUUUUCAGA